CAGAUCUCAACCUCAAAAAUGGCCUCUGCUCUAUUCUUCACUUGUCUCAUUACCUGUUCAAUGUUCUUGCUUACUAUUCCUUGUUAUGUUGCUAAUCAGAAAGUUACUCUCUCGCUUUACUAUGACUCUUUGAGCACAUCUUGUGCUACCUUCAUCGUCAAGAAUCUUGCUAAGAUUUUCAAUGAUGAUCUCAUCACCAUUCUCAAUCUCAGACUGGUUCCUUGGGGUGAUGCAUACGCCAACAAAUCGAACAACAACACCUCUUUCUGUCAGCAUAGGCCAGAUGGGUGUAAGUUGAAUUUUCUGGAAGCAUGCGCUAUCGAUGUUAUGCAUGAUGUGAACAAGCACUUUGCUUUGAUUUACUGCAUAGAAUUUCAGGCCAUAGACGGAAGGCACAAGGAGUGGGAAACUUGCUUCAGUUCAUUGGGACUGCCUAAGAAACCCAAUUUGGAUUGCUACAACAGUUCAAAUGCAACAAAGGUUCCAUAUUUAAUCCUAUCUACAAGGAUUCAUGAUGAUUAAGUUGUCCAUUAUGCAACAGUUCAAAUGUUUGACAUUAUGCUUGAACAAAACUAUGGCAAUGAAACCAUGCACCUCAAUCCACCUCUAAAGUUUGUACCAUGGUUGGUUCUGAAUGAUCAACCUAUUGGAAAUGACUAUGAAAAUUUUGCUGGCUAUGUUUGCAAGGCUUACAAAGGUAACAUUGUGCCCAUGGCAUGUCAGUCUGUACAUUUGAAGCAGAAGACAGAAUAGACACACUCCACACAAGCAAUCAAAUCAACCAGAAUCAAGCCUCAAUCCAGGAUCAUUAAUCCAUCCAACCAAAGUCGAUAUCUUUACCAACAAAUCAGAUUGCAUAUGAAGGUUUCCAUAACAAAGAGAUGUGCAACUUGGGGAGAGUAGAGUUCUGCUUCUAGUUAUCAAGGUCAGAUUUCUCUAUAAUUUUGGACAAUACGUAAAAAUGGCAACGUCUUGAAAGCAGGCAGCGAGUAAAGGAAUAUGGUGCAGAAUCUCAGACACGAGAUUUCAUUUAGGUAAGGUGGGAUAGCAAAUUAAACUUGAUCAGCUAGUGAAAGCACCCGAGUGCAACAGAGUAUAACCAAGCACAGUCAGGUUUUCGAAUAAUUAUUCGCACAAACCUUUGCUUAUAUAGCAUGAAGGAAAAGAAUUGCGUUACAAUUUGUUGGUUCUGAAUCCCUUUCACUAGAGACUGCCCAAACGACAACUAUACUUCUAGAUCCUUCCUAGCAGUAGCACAAACAUGAAGAUUGUGAAGAGUGAAACAAGAACUCGGCAGAUUGCAAUGAAUAAAUAGAACUCGGCGCUUUCAACUAUGAUUUGGGUUUUACAUACUUCUUUUGCUAAUACAGAUAUAGGCUAUAUAAAAAUAAAUAUAAGAUUAAGUAACAAAUAAAUAAACAAGGACAAUCUCAAUGAAACAAAAACAUAUUCUAAAAAUAUUUGUGUAAAGAGUCAGUUGGGCAGGAGUCCAAAAAUGAAAAGUACUUGUUUCCUCAUUCCAUUCCCUUGCCUUGAGCUUUUUCCCUUUCCAGCCAAAAAUGAGUCUACUACCUCUUCUAAACUUUAGUUGCUCCAUGUUCAACAUCCUUCACAGUAGUGGUAUCCAGUCCUGCCUUCAAUAGUUCAACAUCCAACAAAUUUUG